UGCCUGGCCUCUGCGGAGUGCACUCCGAGUCCGUGUGGUGCAGCCCGGAGCGACACGCACGGGACGAGGGUCCCCAGACUGGGCAGAACUCUGUGGGCUUGCAUCCAGGGUCUGAUCUCGAAGGUCUCCAGGAUGCCUGGUCCGGGGAAGCCCCGGAAAGACCUCACGCGAUGGAAGAAGAAGAAGCAGCCUGUGCGCCGCACGGUCAGCCAGAUCUGCCCGCCGCCCCGACGGCCGCUGACGGUGGCCGAUAUCCGCCCGGGCAUGGAGAACGAGAGGCUGGGGGUCGUGCGUGACUCCAUGUUUCAGAAUCCGCUCAUCGUCAAGGCAGAGCUUGGCAAGCCUCGGGAGAGAAGCUGCAGCCUGCCUGGCAUCAACUUCAAUUACGGACUCUACAUCCGGGGGCUGGAUGGAGGGGUCCCUGAAGCCAUUGGGCACUGGAAUGUGUUUAAGCAGCAACCCACAUGCCCCCAUGAGCUGACCCGGAACUACAUUGCCAUGAACCGUGGGGCUGUCAAAGCUGGCCUGGUGACUGCCCGGGAAAACAUGCUCUAUCGUGAACUUAACGACAUCCGAAUCAGCGACCAGGAAGAGCGGCGGCAGAAGGAACCACCCUCUGCCCCUCCCAAUGUGACCUUCGGGAUCCGUUCACGGCCAUCCACACCCUUCUUUGACCUGUUACAACAUCGGUACCAGCAGCUGUGGGUACAGGAGCAGAAGGCCACUCAGCAAGCCAUCAAACUGGAGAAGAAACAGAAGGUGAUCCUGGGGAAGCUUUAUGAGACAAGGAGCAGUCAGUUGAGGAAGUACAAGCCGCCCGUGAAGCUGGAUGCUCUCUGGCACAUGCCUCACUUCCAGAAGGUGGGUCCCCAUCUUGCUACAUUCCCCACUGAGGCUGAUCGCCAGCGAGCUCUGAAGGCCCACAAGGAAGAGUAUGCUGUGCGCCAGGGCACCCUGCGGAUGGGCAACUACACCCACCCCUAGCCCUCCCCACAGGAGGAGCCUCCUUGAUGCGGUAGAAAAAUCCCCCAAGAACUCAUAUUUCUCCCCCAGACCCCAGAGGACACACCCACAUCUUGACAUAGCUCUUUGCCACAGGGACCUCAGAUUCAAGUCUUAUUUUUUUAUAAGAACCCCCAGCCCCCCAACCUUUCUGUCUUGUCACCCCCAUUUUCCCUCUGCCUAGGGAGCCGCCACCACCUCCUCACUCUCCUCCAUCUUCUCCUCUCCUCUUCCCUCCUUUCUUCUCGUCCAUUUCUCCUUUUGUCUCCGCUCUCUUCCUUUUCCAGGAGACCCACUCUGCCUCUUUGCCAGCCUUACUAGAUAAACCAAAAAUCACAAGGAAGCUUUAAAAUAAACAAACAAAUCCAGGCUAUAAGUCAGUUUCACAGCCCUGUCUACCAGGCGCCAAGAGCGACCUGUAUAUUUCCUGCAGAAAGUGUAACCCCGGCAGGCUUUGAAAGCCCUCAUUUCAUAUUCCAAACAUGAGUUUUAAUUGCCCUUAUGGGGAUGCCUGGGGUCUCGACAUGGUGGGAUUCUCUCUCUGGGACCCCUGACAGCAGAAAGAGCCCGCAGUUCAUUACUCAGGGCCAGCCCCCACCCUCAGUGCUGAGGCCCUGUCAAUCACACAGACCAGCAUGGACUUCUUAAGACUACCUGGAUGUCACUCAGCCCUCCAAAGGAGAGCACCUUGUGUGGGGGCAGGGGACUGGGAGACUCCAGAGGUGGAAUACCUCAGUACCUGAAUCCCAUCUUUCCCCGAUGCCUUUGGCUUCUCCUCACAAACUACAAACUGAUUUAUUUUAAAUAUAAAAGAUGACUUGCCCUCUUCACCAUGAGUCUUUAUUUGAAAGCAAACUGUAAAGGGAA